AUGGCGGAAGUGGGAUUUCCUGGUCAACACACAACCACUACUACUGUGACAUCCAGCACAACAGUUCAAACAAAUAUACGCUUCGACCCCUUGUACUUAAAGACUAUUCCUGGUAUUCUAAAAGUUGUUCAAGUUACUUGCAGCUUGCUCGGUUUCAUAUGCAUUCAGUUUUCCUCGUUCAAUAACAUGGGUAAGGGUUCUUACUUCAGCUGGAUAUCCAUGAUAGCGUUCUGGUUCACGGGUAUCCUGCUCGGUUUCUACCUGUUCCACAUGGUGGAGAAGUUCUACAAGAUACCCUGGCUGAAAAUAGAGUUCGUCUUCUGUGCUCUUUGGACUUUGCUGUACGUGUUGGCGGCUAGCUUAGCAAUCACUGUCAGGGACAAGCCGCAUUCGGCUGCUGCGUUUUUCGGUUUCGUUGCGACGGCCGCAUACGCGAUGGACGCGUUCGUGAAGUGGCGCGCAGUGAGGGCGGGAGGGCUGGCGCAGGGCUCUCGCGUCGUCUCCAAGCAGACCACUUCUACCGUCAACACUCCGCCGCCCAGGGAGGGCUACUAG